AACACAUAAAUAUAAAGGAACAAGGAGUAUAUGGUUGGAAGCUUGCAGUUCCACCUGCACCCCUUUCAUUUCAUCUAUCCCCACAAACCCAACCUCUUUACUAUUCUGUUUCUCUCUUAACUUGCUUCUUUCCGUUCAAUUUUUUUUGUUCAGAACAUCUGUACAGUAGAUUAAUUAAACACAAAUCUCACAUCACAGAUUUUAAUUGAAAUUUAUUUCUCGAAGAAAAAAUUCGGAGGAAGAAGAUGAACGGCAGAGACUCGGUGGUUUGCCCUAAGCCCCGCCGCCUCGGUCUCCUCAAUUUCGCCGUCAACGACCAUCCCGGCAGAGCCUUCCGGUGGCAUCUCAGCUGCCAGGUUGAACCGUGUGAUUCAAACUCAUCGGACUCAAAUCCGUUAGAUACAAUUCUCACCAAGGAGAUUGAUUAUGAUAUGGAACAAUCCUGUCCACUGGUAUCCUCGUCGCCCCCAUUUUUCAGCGGGUCACCGCCGAGUAGAGUAGCUAACCCACUAAUUCAGGAUGCUCGAUUUGGGGAUGAGAAUUUCUCUCCUCUCUCACCAUCAUCAUGGGUGGUUGUUCCUGCCCCAACCGGUCUGCCACCUUCUCCCUCAUCCUCUUCAAGGAAGGGAGGAUGUGUUCGGGCCAAUUUUGGUAACAAACCUUCUGUUAGAAUUGAAGGUUUCGAUUGUCUUGACAGGGACAGGCGUAAUUGCAGCAUCCCUGCUCUGGCUUAGAAGAACAACAACAACAUAAUACACAUGUCUUUUGACACUAGAAUUUCAUUUUACCACAGAUACAUAACACCAACGCGUAAGAGCCACGGAAAAGGAAUUUUUGGAGGAACGGUUCUGAAGAGGAAAAGAAAGUAAAAUUUUAUCUUGCUACUUGUUUGUACAUAUGUUCAGUUAAUCGGUGAAAGUAAGUCUGUAAAUGUCAAUAGUGUAUCUUUUGCUCAUAGAUACGGUAUAUAGUUUACUAAGUAAUGUUUGAUGAUUGAGGGUUAAUUGGGGUUACAUGCCCCCUUUACUUUACUUGUAGUAGUGUGUUAAAAAUCAUUCUCUGUUUGUAAGUAGAAAAGUGAGAAUGGGAUAUUUCAUUUCGAUUUUUCCUUUAAUGGUUUCUGAAUUGUAACUAGAAAAAAUGUACAAAGAAAUGGUUUGUUUGAGAAUUUUCAAUUAUCAAGCUUAUAUUUAGUGGACA